CUUCGGGGCCACCUUUGGGGCCAACAUUAGGACCAACUUUGGGCCAACUCUGGGAUCUACAUUGUGACCAACUUUGGGACCAUCUUUGGGGCCACCUUUGAGGCCAACUUUAGGACCUACUUUGGGACCAACGUUGGGACCAACUUUAAGGCCAACAUUGAGCCAACUUUAGGACCAACUUUGGGUCCAACUUUGGGACCAACUUUAAGGCCAAAUUUGGGACCAACUUUGGGACCGACUUUGGGACCAACUUUAGGACCAACUUUGGGACCAACUUUGGGGCCAACUUUUUUGCCAACUUUAGGUCCAACUUUGAGCUAACUUUAGGACCAACUUUGGGGCCACCGUUGGAACCAACUUUGGGGCCAUGUUGGUGUCUCUGCUCCAGGUGUCGGAUGACGAAUACACCAAGCUGCUGAGCGAGGGCAUCCAACCGGUGGCCGCCAUCGACCCCAACUUCGCCGCCUUCAGCUACACGCCGCGCUCGCUGCCCGAGGAUGACACCUCCAUGGCCAUCCUCAGCAUGCUGCAGGACAUGAACUUCAUCAACACCUACAAGAUGGACAGGCAGACGCUCACCAGGUGGGGGUGGGACUUGGGCCCUAAACCGGACCUUGACCCCAACCCUAAGCCUGACCCCAAACAAAACCCUGACCAUAAACAUAACCCUGAUCCUAAACGUAACCUUGACCCUAAACAUAACCCUGAUCCUAAACAUGACCUCGACCCCAACCCUAUCCCUGAUCUGAAACAUAAACCUUGACCCUAACCAUAAACCUGACCCUAAACAUAACCCUGACCCUAAAUGUAACCUUGACCCCAACCCUAUUCCUGACCCUAAACAAAACCCUGACCCUAAACAUAAACCUGACCCUAAACGUAACCUUGACUCCAACCCUAUUCCUGACCCUAAACGUAACCCUGACCCUAAACAUGACCUUGAUCCAAACCCUAUUCCUAACCCUAAACAUAACCCUGAUCCUAAACAUGACCUUGACCCCAACCCUAUUCCUGACCCCAAACAAAACCCUUACCUUAACCCUGACCCUAAACACAACCUUGACUCCAACCCUAUUCUUGACCCUAAACAAAACCCUGGCCUUAAUCCCUACCCUAAACAUAACCUUGACCCCAACCCUAUACCUGAUCUGAAACACAAACCUUGAUCCUAAACAUAACCCGGACCCUAAACACAACCUUGACCCCAACCCUAUUCCUGACCCUAAACACAACCUGGACCCCAACCCCAUCCCUGACCCAACUCUAUCCGUAGCCCUACACACAACCCUAACUCUGACCCUAAUUCUAACCCCAAUUCUGUCCCUGCCCCAACCCUAACACGGACCAUGACCCUAAACACCAUCCUGACCCUGACCCUAAUCCUGUCCUUAACCCAAGCUCCAAUCCUGACCGUAACCCCAAUCCUCAUCUUAACCCGACCCGACUGCCGACUCCAAUCCUAAAUCAGUCUCUAACCCUGACCCCAACUGCAUCCCCAACCCCAACCCUGACC